UGGACCACUACGACCUCGCCGGUUCCCUCUCCUCCCUCUCUUCUCCUAAAUUCUCAGCGGCCGAGAACUCGCCGCUUCUUCUCUCCUAGCGACCUGAGAUCCGAGACCUCGCGGUCCUCCCCUCACCUUUUCUCUCCCACUCCCAGCGACCUCGCCUCCCACCACAGGCGUCGGCCUUCGCCACCCUCACCUCUCACUCUCUCGCGCUCUCUUUGAUUCCCCUUCGUUCCUUGUUCGUCUCGCCCCCUUUUUUCCGGCGUCUCCUAUCUGCCUUUAAAGCCUCGUCUUCCAUCUCCUUACCGCUUGUCAAUCUAGAGAUUUGCAAUGGAUCCUGGCAUGGAGCAACUUCGGCAAACUUUGGUUGAGGUUGAAACAGAAGCUGAGGAACUUUUUUUAGCAAGACAUCAGCUUGUAGAAAAUGAUAGACUUAAGAAUGCUAAUAGAGAAGCUCUGACAGCUCUUCGUAGGAGAGCUCAGACUACAAAGAGUAGUGUUCCAUCACCCUUUGAAGCAGUCAUGCGAGAAAUAGAGGGAACCAAGGAAUUAGUUAAGGAGAUAUGUCCAACAUGUGGAGACCAUGACUUCAAGGAGCAUACAUGGAUGAUGUUUCCAGGAUCUGAUAUUUUUGUUCGCAUGCCAUUCCAUGCAGCUCAUACCACUUUGGAAAAAGAUCAAGAACGGCUGGACUAUGACACGAAAAAACUGCAGAGCUAUGUGAAGGAAAAAUCUCUUCUGAUUUCAGAAAGAGGAGCUCUUGCUGAUAGGAUAAGCCCUGACAUCGUUAACUCUUUGAUUACAUUAACAGAUACCCGUAAAUGAGCGAGUAUUUCAACUUCUCUAUGAGACAUGCUUAUUGUGCGUUAAUCAUAUCUAGUAAUUAUCACUGCAAUGAAACCCAGAUGUUCUAACAGUUUUUUUGUUGGUUCUUUGACUCAAACUUUGGAUUCCUAGCAUUUUAGC